AUGAGAAAGGGGAGGCGGGACUUCCGGCGCUGGUUGCUAAGGCAAGCACGUCUCUCUCCCUAACAACCGAGCGAAGCUGAUAUUUUGGGGUUCAGAGCCGAGGAGGCGCAGGUGAGACCGAGUCCCUCCCCCGCCCCCCCCAGCCAGGGCUGUCAGCGGGCAGACCCCCGCCCCCCAGCCAGGGACUCCACCCAGCCGGGGCUCCCGCCGCAGCCAGGGUCCAGCCCCCGCCCGGGAUAGCGCCGUCCCCUCCCCCCAGUCCCUUCUAGGUUCUGGUGAUAGCCCCUCCCCCGGCCUGUGCGAUCUGCAGGGCCCCUCCGUGUUGGGGUGUGGGGAGGCUCUUGUCCUUCUAUGGCUUGAUGGCCCCAGCCACCCAGUGGGGGUUUCCACUGUGCUCUGUGCGGGGGAUGGGGGAGGGGCUCUGAUGACCCGCCCUCGCCCAUCACCCAGUGAGGAUCCCUGCAUAAAACACCAAGGCCCAAAACAUUCUCUGUGUGUGUGUGAUUAUUUUUCCUCCAUCCAGGCCAUCUUUGCCCUCUACCCCCCAUCGCCCCCAUGACAGGUGGGUCCGAUACCUGGAGCAGGGGGCGUGUGAAGGAGGUGCAGUGCUCAGAAGUGGGUCUGAUGCGGCAAAACAGGAACGGGUCUCCAAGGACGCUUCCAUGGGGUUGUUGUAAACCAGCUCUAUUUAAAAUUAAAAGACUUAUGGGUGAAAUGCCUCUCAACAGCAUUUCUUCCCAACCUGUUUGUGUGUUUAAACUGUCUGCUGUAUAUGAAGGACUCGGAGCUGGAUUGUGUAUGUCAUGGGGCCUGGGGUUGUGGGUGUGACGUUUGGGAGAUAAACCUGAAACACCGCAACAACUCAAAGGAACUGCCUCAUUCCAGCCAUCUAGUUUGCUAUCCUGUCUUCCACCAUCUGUGACUCAGUGCUGACUGAGUAUUUCAGAGGGAUGUGUAAAACUCCCACAGUCCCUUCUGGGAGAAUCCGUAGCACUAGUACUUGUUACUUCAGUUAGUGUGUCUGUAGACUGGCUUUACUAUGGCCUCAAAGAGGUGCUGGGUGUGUCAUUGCCCAGUGAUGGAUCAUUAGCUUGUCAGGACCUCUUAUGAUGCUCCUGUUUUCUCUGAGGGGAUAGGUGAGUGUCUUAUGCCAGAUAGGAGAACCAGAGAGGAGACCAAGGUGAAAUGUUCUGAAUUUGCCCAUCAGAGAGUGCUGUAGGACUGUGUCACCUUCUGAGCGACUAGCCAGGCACAGGCCCAGAGAAGUGGUGCAACAAAGUCUGAUGUGGCACUUCCCUGAUUGGCAAACCCUGGAGUUGAAAAAAGAAGUCGAAAAACAAACCAAAACAACCUAUUAACUAUUUCCAUCCUGAAAUGCACACAAAAUCUGUUCCUGUUGCAUGCAUACUUUGGCCGCAUUGCAAACUGUAUUGUGUCCUGAACUGGACAACAGCCUAAGGCAGGGGAUGGUUGAUGCUAUGCUCUCUGUUCGGCUAUUGGAAAGCACUGCUGUAAUUUCACUGUGUCCUGCCCCCUCACUAGCAACCAAGCUGCCAUCAAGUCAGAGCCCUAUGUCUCUUUAUGGAGUUGUGCCCCUGAGAGGUGCAGCACAUUUGAAGUCUUGACUAUGGAAAGUGACAACUUUUUGUAAGCUCUUUGUCUCUGUAAUAUCUUGUAACAGAGUUCUCCGGGUUAAUUUAUAUACCCUGGAAAAGGUAUGGAGAAGCAGUAAGCAAUGGAGGAGAUGGCAGGAUUCACAUCUUGCUUCUCAUAGUGAUCAAACUGAACGUUUUUAAAAUUAAACUUUCUUCCCCCCCCUCUUUUAACCAGUUGGGCAGAGAACCACCUGCUUCUGCUGAAACUGUGCUCUCCCUGAUUCUUGAGAGUUCCAUCCCUCUCGCCCACCUGCACUGCAGCAUCUGGCUGGUCCUAAGUAGGCACCUCUGCCCCCUCUCAGGGUCACGGUGGAAGGACCAUGGCAGACACCGGGGAGGGGAAAAAGGAGGAGGCAGAUUAUAAAAGACUUCACAGCUUCCCGCUGAUCAGGCACACAGACAUGCCAGAGGAGAUGCGAGUGGAGGCCAUGGAGCUGUGUGUCACCGCCUGUGAGAAAUACGCCACCAACAAUGAGAGUGCUGCUAAGAUGAUCAAAGAGACAAUGGACAAGAAGUUUGGCUCUUCGUGGCAUGUAGUGAUUGGUGAGGGCUUUGGCUUUGAGAUCACCCACGAGGUGAAGAACCUGCUGUACAUGUUCUUUGGCGGCAGCCUGGCUGUUUGUGUCUGGAAGUGCUCCUGACACAUCUCCUCAUGUCCAAGGCUCACCACAAACAAGGGAUUUCUUCAUUCCUUUCAAGGUUUUUGUACAAUCUUGAGGCAGGGCUUUAUUUUUAAUAGGAAAAUUUGGGGAUUUUUUUUCAUACGCUGUGUCUGUGCGUGUGUAAAUCUGCUGAGCUAUCUAAUCCAAGUUCAAGGGGUAUCUCACUUUGAUCUUGUGUGUCUCGUUGCUUAAACAAUAAAGUUAGGCAGGAAGGGAUCUGGUGGGUAGGUUAUCCCGUGGGGUGCUGUUUAUGAAGCCAUACAUCAGAGCUAGGAGUGUGUGUGAAAGGGAAAAGGGUGCUAAUCCAGCCAUGCCAUCUUCUUCUCCUGUCUUUCCACGCUAUUUUCUCUCUUCUCUGAAGUCCCUCCUACAGCACGGAAAGGUGAUGAUCAAUGUUGACAGUAUUCCUCCCCUCUCAUUUUCUUUCUGUCCCUAUCUAGGAUGACCUUUUGGAACAGGUCAUGUGAAGGAUCCUCCCCCACUGUCCCAAACAGUGCUGGGGGCUAAAUCUGCUGUCCUGCACCUCUCUCCCACUCUCUGGGACAAGAACAUGACAGCUGAGCUGCCUGGGUGUGAGAAGAAAGUGACAAUUUAGAAAUCCAAACCCAGUGGGUGGUUGCUAUGCAAACUGACCCCUCCUUUUCACACCCACUGAGCAGCGGCAUAGCUCUAAAAUGUUUGCAGUUUCUGGCACACGGGGGAGUGGGUGAAAACUCAAUACAGCAUUUGAAUGCAUCCUUAAGAGAGGCAAAAACUCUUUGCACACCAUAGGUGCCAGUGUUGUGCACACUCCGUAUCUUGUUUAGAGGCAGGUAGUAGGGGGGGGCUCCAUGUGAGCUGCCAGUUUGUCAGUCAUCAGAGAUUUAAUAUACAUUUGUUCUUGAGUCUGUUUUAUCUUUUUGAAGCUGUGGGGAAGGUGUUAAGAGAGAGAAUGAACCUACUUGUAUUUUACAUAUAUGGCUUAUUUAUAUGAAUAUGGGGAUUUUUUUUAACAAUAAAAAGUUUAUUACAAUGGUG